AUGUCUGCAGGGGAGUUCUACUACGAACAGAAGAUCCUUGAGAAUGACUUGAUCUCUCUGGUCCCAUUCGACCAAGAUAUCCACACGUCAAAACUCGUUCAUGAAGUGAAGACCCAUGACCUUUUGAAGUUUAUCCCUUUUCCAAAGUUCGAAUCAAAUGAAGAAUUCAUCAAGAGUUUCUGGGCUCCUGUUCGAGAUGCGCCGGGUGAAUGUCUAUAUGCAAUUAUCGAUAAAGCUACAGCCAGGGUAUCGGGAGAGAGUGACGCCUAUGCCGGGACUAUGGCUUUGACAGCCACAAGCAAAGAAAAUGCCGCCACUGAGAUCGGUAUCAUGAUUUUCCCGGCAUUUCAGCGGACACAUGUCGCGACAAAUGCAGUUGGUCUAUUAUUGAAGUAUACUCUUGACCCACCACCUGCUGGUGGUCUAGGUCUGCGACGCGUGGAAUGGAAGUGCCAUUCUGAGAAUGCCGGCUCUCGGAGAGCUGCAUUGCGAAUGGGGUUUGAGUUUGAGGGCAUUGCGCGUUGGCAUCGUGCAUUCACGCUUGGAGAUUCCGCUGAAGAACUGGAGAAGAGGAAUGGAACCAAGGGAGAGCUACGGGGCAGACAUACUGCCAUUUUUGCUAUUACCUGGGAUGAAUGGGAUGAGAAAAGACCAAAAGUUGUUGCCUUGAUGGAGCGAAAGCACUAA